CAAGUAAAGCAGUAAGCUACUGAGCUGCGUUUUCCAAUCACUCAGUACAAUUUUUCUCCGGUGACGCUUUGAUCUUCCAAAUUAUAAUAUUUGGUUAUAAAAUAAAUGUUGAACAAAACGAGUGAUUUUAAUUGAAAAUUUAAAUACCUCGUUCAACGUUUUAACAUUUGAAAGAAAUGAAUUAUUUCAUAAGUGUUAUUUAUAUGGAUUAUGGUGAAACAUUACAGUGAAAUAUAUUUGUAUCACCGACUAUAACCAAAACAUUGUUUUGUAAAAUAUUUCAGUGUUGUGAAGUGUUUGAUAAUUAUUAUUUGUCGUUAAAAAUUUAUUAAGAAAUAAACUAAUUUGAGAUCCGUAAUUUCUGCAAAAUAAAAUCAUAGCCCUAAAAUGGCGUCAGAAGACCCAAAUUCUUGGAGAACACAACAUUUUAGACAAAGCAUGAUAGCAAAAAUCGAAGAGAAUAUGCAAAAAUUUCAAAUACCAACAGCUAAAAAUGCAACUGACAUGGAAAGUCAUGUAUUUUCAAAGGCUAAAACUAAGGAUGAUUAUUUAAGCUUUGUAGCUAGACUGAUAUUGCACAUCACACAAAUGAAUAAUAAAAAAACUGCUGGAAAUAUGCAGUCUGGUCUGAAUAAUGCAAACCCAGUUGUUCAACAAGGAAUGCCAGAUCCGAUUGGUGCUCUCCAAACUUUAGCUCGCCAAGGUACUGGAAAUAAUGCUAACAUGGGAAUUCAAGGGCCGGUGCAAAACAAUCAAAAUAUGGUUCCUCAACAGACCCCUGUUUCUAAUCCUAGUAAUUUACUGCAAACACUGAAUCAACAACCAGGACAGCCAAUGAAUAUGCCAGGAAUUCCAAAUAAAAUGCAAGGAAUGGGAAUGAUGUCAGGCCAGCCUGGUUGCCCUCCAAUGAAUGUGAAUCAAAUGAAUCAAAUGCAAAAUAUGCAACCUAAUCCAAUGCUGGCUCAAAUGAAUCAGGUAAACCAAAAUACAAUGGGUCAACAAAUGGUACGACCCCCUGGGCAACCUCAACAAAUGGGUGGACCACCCAUGAAUGUACAAAUGGGAUCCAAUCAAAUAUCAUUGCAGAACCAAAUGCAGAAUCAAAUGGGUGGACACCAGAUUGGAGGGCCUAUUAAUGCUGGAAUGCAGCAAGGAAUGAUUCAACAACAACAGGUGCCUAUGCAGCAACCAAUUAUGAAUCAAAUGAAUCCUGCACAAAUGGCUGCAAAUCAAGUGUCUCAAGCGCAAAUGCAUCUUCAGAGAAAACCAGAAAUGAUGAAUUCAGGGUAUCCAGGACCUAGAAAUGUUACUCCAAACCAGUUUUUGCGACAAAGUCCCUCACCAUCAGCUCCUAGCCCAAGUGGUUUAGGAGUUCCUACAUCUACAAAUCAAAUGGUUCCAUCUCCAGCUCUAGUAUCAUCGCCGAAUCCGCAGCAUUCUAUGCUUGGUGCUCAAAGAGCAGUUGCAAUGGCACCUUCACCCAGUAGUUCUUUAAAUACACCUGGAAGCGCUCUUGGUGCGAGUCCUUUACAAGAUGAACAAAUGUCUCAAGCAUACAAAGAAAAAGUUAGAAAACUUAGCAAGUACAUAGAACCACUCAGGAAGAUGAUUUUGAAAAUGACCGCUGAAGGAAAUACUGAUAAAACAAACAAGAUGAAAAUAUUAUUAGAAAUUUUAACAAAUCCGAGUUCAAGUACAAAAUUGGAUGUAUUGCAGAAAUGCGAAAUAGCUUUAGAAAAAAUGGACUUUAAAAAAUUUGAAGCUCAAGGUCCUGCCAUACCACCCUUAGGGCUAAAAGAACACCACUUUUUUUCUCCUUUAUUAGAAGUAGUUAAUACUCUUUUGCAGAGUCCAGUAGCAAAUCAUACUCUUCAAAGAACAUUUGGCCCUUGUUUAGAAGCUUUGUUUGGACCAGAAAUCAAAAACAUGCCUCCACCACUAAAAAGACAAAAAACGGAAGAAACAUCUUGUGAAAUACCGGAUGUCCUUCAAGGCGAAAUAGCUCGCUUGGAUCAACGUUUUAAGGUCAGCUUGGAUCCUGCUCAAAAAACUGGUUCAAAAUGUAUUCAACUUAUUUGUUGGCUAGAUGAUAAACAUUUACCUUGUGUGCCACCUAUUUCUGUGACUGUACCCAUAGAAUAUCCAUCAGUACCUCCACGCUAUGUUCUAACAAAUUAUGAAUAUGCGACUCCUUAUUUAAAUGCGGUUCAGAGCGGUCUAAAUGCCCGUCUAACAAAAUUGCCCACACGAUUUUCCCUCUCCCAGCUUUUGGAUACUUGGGAAAUGAGUGUUCGUCAGGCCAGUGCCCCAAUUCUACGUCAUCAAGGGUCAAUCGCUUCUUCAAUUAUUUUACAUACUAUUAAAAAUGAAAUUACAACAACUUCUCCUACGUCCAAGGUUACUGAUGUGACAUCAGUUACAACUUCAAUAAUGUCCAAUACCACAACAACUGUAGCCAAUAGUGUUGUAAAUAAUGCUAUUGCUAGCAACAUGGUUGGAUUAGCUACCUCAUAAUUUAUAAAUGUUGCUUCCUAAUUUGAAGCUUUUAUUAAGUAUAUUUGUUUAACAUUUUUGUACUUAAAUAAUGGAUCAAUUAACUUUGCUUGUAUAUUUUAGUUUAUAUUAAAAUUUAAUUUUAAAAUUCA